CCGUCGCAGACCAUGUUUCGUCUAUCGCGUCCGCUCUUUAAUCAAGUCCUCAAGACGACGACGGGAAUCACAGGCCUUCAUGUCCACGAGAACCCGCUUCCCGCACUUACAAAGACAUAUGAGACCACCCUCUUCACGUUGUCCACCUUCCCGGCAACGUCCGUGUACCGCCAAGGCGUGGAAGCCCUCACACAGAGGAAGCUCAACAUCGUUAAGCACGCGAAUGGAGAUAUCGCUGCAGUAGAGAAGCAGCUUGACGAGGGUCACAUUGAGGAGUCUUUGGAUAUUGCUGAGGACGAGCUGAACUUGGUCCAGAAGAUGGCUGAGUGGAAGGCUUGGGAGCCACUAGAGGAGAAACCCCCAGUGGGCCAAUGGGAAUACCCUGGCAGGAUUGCGACCGCGGAGACAUCAUCAUGAAUUCCUUGUAUGUUCUCGCAGGAUAUACCACUCAAACCGUCGUAUCAUGUUAGAGAGCAAAUCAGAGCUCAGUGAAUAACCAUA